AUGCUCGACAACUUUACCGGCGACGGCGUCAGGGUGGCGUCGCGGAGUCUGAAAGGAGAAGUGGGCUGGCAAGAAGCACUUUUUGCUCGAGGUCUCGGGUGGGUUGACCAUUGCGAAUGCCGCCCAGUAUACGUCGACAUCAUCUCGACAAGUUCCAUUCACCAGGGCGUAGGUUAUGUAGACUUUUCCCUCAAGAUCGAUCACUAG